UUUAUGUUGGUGAUCUUUACCUAAUACAUAAUAAUUAUGGCAAUGGCAACCAACAUAAAGUUAAAGAUAGUCCUGCCUGGAGACAGUGUUCCCGUGGAGCCUACUGCUACCCUAGGUCCAGGAGUGUACCUGAGAGGAGACACUGGAACUCCUAUCACGUGCAGAGCGGGAAUGCUAAGAGGAGACCCAAGCAAUAAAGUGUGGGUGGACUUUGACUCUAAAAGGUAUAUUCCUGUUCAAGACGAUCGAGUGCUCGGUGUAGUCACCAAGACAACUGGAAAGUCAUACCGUGUCGAUAUCGGGAGUGCUGUGUCAGCAGUUUUUCCAGAGUUGGCUUUUGAGGGAGCCACGAAAAGAAACAAGCCCAACAUUCAAGUAGGUGAAGUGGUGUAUGCUCGAGUAAGCCGGGCACACAAGGAUAGUGAACCAGAGCUCUCUGGCACUGACCCCUCAGGCAAGGCCAAUGGCCUGGGGCCACUCCCUGCCUCUGGCCAUGUGUUCAUGUUCAAGUGCUCACUAGGACUGUGUAGAAAACUGCUCUCCCCAAAGUGUCCCAUUCUCAAGUCUCUGGAAGGCCACUACAAGUUUGAGGUGACAGUGGGUCUCAAUGGUCGUGUGUGGGUGGCUAGCGGGAGUGUGGCCCACACCAUUGUCAUUGUCAAUGCCAUACAGAACAGCCAGUACAUGACUGAGACAGAGUGUAGGGACAUGGUUAGAAGGCUAGCUGAGGUCGGAUAUUCUUGAAUUCUUGCUUUAAUGUAAUACAAUGGUUACUUUUUCUCUCUUUGUGCAAUCAUAACUUUGCCUUACAUGAUAAUAACUAUUAUUCUCUUGA